AUGGCUCCGUACAAUAUCCGGUGGGGUAUUAUGGCCACGGGCUGGAUUGCAGAUAUCUUUGUAAGAGACCUUCUGCGCGACCCCAACCUCCGAGACGCAUCUGACGUCUCUCACACCGUCGCUGCUGUUGCCUCCUCUUCAGCCAAGGACCGGGCGGAGAAAUUCAUUGCUGAUACGGGCAUUCCGGCGCCUUGUGUUGCGUACGGCUCGUAUGAGGAGCUCGUGGCCGAUGCUAACGUAGACGUGGUGUACGUCGCGACGCCGCACUCGCACCAUUUCCAGAAUGUGAUGCUUGCACUGGAAGCGGGCAAGAAUGUUCUCUGUGAGAAAGCUUUCACCGUCAAUGCGGCGCAGGCCAAGAUCCUGUGCGAGACGGCGAAGAAGAAGAACCUUUUCCUGAUGGAAGCCGUGUGGACCCGGUACUUCCCUCUCAGUGUGCAGGUCCGAGACCUCAUCAAGCAGGGAGCCAUUGGCGAAGUCCUCCGAGUGGUUGCCGACAACAGCUUCGGGGAUAAUGUCGAGGAGCGAUGGGGCACUCAGCAUCGGAUGGUGAACAAGGAUCUCGCUGGUGGCUGCUUGCUGGAUCUGGGCAUCUACUCCUUGACCUGGGUCUUCCAGACCAUGUACCACACACUUCCCCGGGAGCAGCGCAAAGCUCCUUCGGCCAUCUCAGCGCACAUGUCUCUCUACCACCUGACGGGUGCCGACGAGGCCACUACGAUCCUUCUCACGUUCCCGACGACCACCCCAACUAACAACGCCCAGCCCGGUCAAUCCCAGGCAGUCGCCUUGACCCAUCUGCGGGUCGCGACCGAUCCAGAUGAGCAGGGCACCGCUGGUCCCUCGAUCCGCAUCCAAGGGACCAAGGGCGAGAUUCAGGUCUUUGGCCCCGCCUUCCGGCCUGAGCGAUACCGUCUAAUCCCCAAAAAGGGACUUGGCGAGAUCAAGGAGGUGCAGUGCCCGUUCCCGGCGGAUGGGAAGGGCAUGUACUGGGAGGCCGACGAGGUGGCGCGGUGCUUGCGCGAUGGAAAGCUCGAGAGCGAUGGGCUGCCUUGGGAAGAGAGCAUUGUCAUCAUGGAGGUCAUGGACGAGGUUAGGCGGCAGGGUGGAUUGACCUAUCCGGAGGAGAUCGAGUCCACCGUCUACCCUACCCGGCUGUAA